AUGGAUGAAAGGUUCAACAAGUGGCUGCUGACGCCCGUGCUCACCCUCCUCUUCGUGGUCAUCAUGUACCAGUACGUGUCCCCCUCCUGCACCAGCUCCUGCGCCAACUUCGCGGAGCGGCCCCGCGCGGGGGAGGCCGGCCAGCCCGCCGCCCCGGGGCCCGCCCGCCGGACGCAGGUGCCGCUCGAAGACGGGGAGCGGCGUCCUCAGCUGCCCCCGCCGCCUCGGGGGCCGCCCGAGGGGCUGCGGGGGGCCGUGGCGCCCGAAGACGACGACGAUGAGCCAGGGGACCCAGAGGAGGAGGAGGAGGAGGCGGAGGAGGAGGGGGAGGAGGAAGAGGAGCCGGACCCUGAGGCCCCCGACCACGGCUCUCUGCCUCGGUUCGUGCCGCGCUUCAACUUCACCCAGAAGGACCUGACCCGCUUCGUGGAUUUCAACAUCAAAGGGCGCGACGUGAUCGUGUUCCUGCACAUCCAGAAGACCGGGGGCACCACGUUCGGCCGGCACCUGGUGAAGAACAUCCGGCUGGAGCAGCCGUGCAGCUGCAAGGCGGGCCAGAAGAAGUGCACCUGCCACCGGCCCGGCAAGAAGGAGACCUGGCUCUUUUCCCGCUUCUCCACGGGCUGGAGCUGCGGGCUGCACGCCGACUGGACGGAGCUCACCAACUGCGUGCCGGCCAUCAUGGAGAAGAAAGACUUUCCCCGCAACCACAGCCACACCAGGAAUUUCUAUUACAUCACAAUGUUGCGUGAUCCAGUGUCCCGUUACCUGAGCGAGUGGAAGCAUGUCCAGAGAGGAGCCACGUGGAAAACCUCCCUCCACAUGUGUGAUGGGAGAAGCCCCACCCCCGAUGAGCUACCUACCUGCUACCCGGGGGAUGACUGGUCUGGGGUGAGCUUGCGAGAGUUCAUGGACUGCACCUACAACCUGGCCAACAACCGCCAGGUGCGCAUGCUGGCGGACCUCAGCCUGGUGGGCUGCUACAACUUGACUUUCAUGAAUGAGAGCGAAAGAAACACCAUCCUGUUGCAGAGCGCGAAAAACAACCUGAAGAACAUGGCCUUCUUUGGGCUCACAGAAUUCCAGAGGAAGACGCAGUUUCUCUUUGAGAGGACAUUCAACCUCAAGUUCAUCUCUCCCUUCACACAGUUCAACAUCACGCGGGCUUCCAAUGUGGAGAUCAAUGACGGUGCUCGCCAGCGCAUUGAGGAGCUCAACUUCCUGGACAUGCAGCUUUAUGAGUACGCAAAAGAUCUCUUCCAGCAGCGCUACCACCACACCAAGCAGCUGGAGCACCAGAGGGACCGGCAAAAGAGGAGGGAGGAGCGGAGGCUGCAGCGGGAGUCGAGGAGCCACCGGUGGCCCAAAGAGGAUGGGAACACAGAGGGGGCCGUCACCGAGGACUACAACAGUCAGGUGGUGAGAUGGUGA